AUGCAGUUGGAACAAGGCUUGUCGAACCGCACCUCGUUUGGUAUUACUACCGCCCCGACUCCUGUCGUAUCCCAGGUUUCACGCAUCAAGGCCUCAGAACCACCCAAGUACAAAGGGAACAAGGGUUCAGACGUCACUUUCGAACAAUGGUUGCAGAAGAUGGGUCUCUGGUUCCACGUUCAGAACAUCACUACGGACGACGACAAAGUCACCUUAGCACUCAUGUACCUGAAAGGCGGCACGCACAACUACGUUGAAGAGUACAUCGAAACAGCAGCGAGCGGUGGAUCUCUCGGAACCUGGGCUGACUUCGUCAAUUGA